AAGAUGAUCGAGGAUGAGGAGAAUCCGGGAUUGGCUGUGUAGCUGUUCACGACACAAGAGUUAACAACAAACGCUUUACGGCAGCAAAUAUGGCUUCGCACUUCAGCGGUGUUCUGCAGUUGACGGACCUGGAUGAUUUUAUCACCCCGUCUCAGGAAUGUGUCAAACCUGUCAAAGUAGAGAAGAAACAAGGAAAAUCUGUGGCCAAAAUUCAAAUAGAAGAUGAUGGAAGUUACAUCCAAAUCAACCAGGACGGUGGGAAGAAGAAGCUGGAGAAAGCAAAGAUCACACUGAACGACUGCUUGGCCUGCAGUGGCUGCAUCACCUCAGCUGAGAGCGUCCUCAUCACGCAGCAGAGCCACGAGGAGCUCUUCAAAGUGCUGCACAGCAACGAGGCCAACGUGACUGAGCAGAAGGUCGUGGUGGUGUCAGUGUCACCGCAGUCCAGAGCCUCCCUCGCCGCACACUUUAACCUCAGCAGUAGUGAGGCAGGCAGGAGACUUACUUCUUUCUUCAAAGGCAUUGGGGUUCAUCAUGUGUUUGACACAAGCUUUAGUCGGACCUUCAGCCUGCUGGAGAGUCAGAGAGAGUUUGUGGCGCGGUUACAGAAGAAAGAGCAGGACAGCAAAGCCCUGCCCAUGCUGACAUCUGCCUGUCCAGGUUGGAUAUGCUAUGCAGAGAAGACCCAUGGGGAGUUCAUUCUUCCAUACAUUAGUACCACGCGCUCCCCCCAGCAGAUGAUGGGUUCACUAGUUAAAGGCUAUUUUGCAGAACAACAGGGCCUGAGUCCACAGCAGAUCUAUCAUGUGGCGGUAAUGCCCUGCUUUGACAAGAAACUCGAAGCCUCAAGGUCAGACUUCUACCUUAACGAAGCUGAGACCAGAGAAGUGGACUGUGUCAUCACCUCUGGAGAGGUUCAGAAAAUGCUGGAGGAGAAAAACAUGUCCCUUAAUGAUUUAGAACCCGCAAAACUGGAUACAAUGUUCAGCAGUGUUUGUGAGGAUGAGUUCCUGAGCCAUGCGGGCAGUGGUUCAGGGGGUUACCUCCAUCAUGUCUUCACCUAUGCUGCCAAGCAGCUGUUUGGAGAGGACGUGAAGGAACUCACCUACAAGACCCUCAGGAAUAAAGACUUCCAGGAAGUGACUCUUGAGAAGGAUGGAGUGGUCCUGCUGUGCUUUGCUUCCACGUAUGGCUUCCGCAACAUCCAGAACCUAGUGCAGAAACUCAAGAGGGGCAAGUCGCAUUAUCACUUUGUGGAAGUUAUGGCCUGUCCAUCAGGCUGUCUAAAUGGUGGUGGGCAGGUGAAGGCUUUGCCUGGUCAGAACCAAAAGGAGCAUCUCCAGGAGGUUGAGGAUCUCUACAAGGCAGAGCGCCCCCUGUCGCCAGAAGACGACACUCGUGUGGCUGAGCUGUAUCAGUCCUGGCUCCUCAGUGUGGGGGAGGAGAGAGCCAAAGAGCUGCUGCACACACAGUACCACGCUGUGGAGAAGUUGACCAAUGGACUCACUAUGAAGUGGUGAUGAGCGACUGCACAACCGUCCAAAUACAACAGUUUAAUGUAGCCAAAGUUGAAUUCAAGCAGGUUUGAUGUAUGCCAGCAACCUUUUAGACCAAUUUUCUCUGGCACUGUGGACAAUCAGGGCAAAGAUGAUGGACUGGUUUAUGUGUAUGGUCUGAUUAUGUUCCCUUACGCAAAUGAUGGUCCUUUGAAUUGCAUAAAUAGUAAAUAACUCAUUUGUGUGGCACCUGUUACACUUUGAAAAUGUGAGCUGAAUUAAUACAAAGCAAAAUAUAAUCAUUAUUGUUAAUUUAACCUAAUGAUUAUUCAAAUAUAUAUAAACAUUAUUUAAUUGUAGCCAUUUUUGUUUUGUAAUAUUUGAAAUGUGAAGAAUCUAUCCAACAGAAUAUAAAUUCAUACUGAUAUGUUUUAUUGAAUAAUCUUAACUCAUGAUGUACACUUCUACACAGCUAUUCACAUCAUACUGUAGUCAUGUACACUUCCCAUUACCUUCUCUCUUCUUGUGCUGGAGUUCAUAACAUAUCAGAUACUGGUAAGAAAAUCAUUUUUAAUUGUGCGUUUAAGUAAAAAUAAUUUUCUAGCUUUCAGCUGCAAAAGUAAGAAAGGUGACUGGAAAAUAUACACAGUAUAUCAAGUCAAAAUGUUAAAUGAGAAAGCAGUGGCAAGGUUACCAGACAGGAAAUAAACGCAUAAAAUAUAUAAAGUAGAUAUCAAGGGGUUUAGGGAUAAAGAAAUAAAGCCUAUUUUCCUUGAAAGCAAUAAAUACAUAAAGCAAAAUUAGUUUGUGGAUAACAAACUGGGAGAAAAUAUUCAAGUUAAUUUAGGCUGUAAUAUUUUGAAGGAAAAGGUUUCACUCUGGAUUUCUGUGCAGGAAUGGUUUAAUAAUGUCUACAACACUACACAUGCCAACCAGCAGUUUUUACUGAAAAAAAUCCAGGCUAAAGGCAACAAACACUACAGUCGACAGUGGUGUGUCUUGCCUUAGUCUUUCAAACUUUUCCUCCUUGAUAGUUGAGAAAAUCUGUCCCUUGUUCCAAGCUCUGAAACUGGAUCUCAGGGUCUGAAAAGCCCCCACUCCAGACCCAGCAUGCGUGGGGAGGAAGUCUCUCCUUGGCCUUCUUAAAUUUGUCCUUCUCCCUUCGCAGGACCCUCAGCACCUCUAUGGGGUCGGUCUCACCUGUGAACUUCUGCACUCCUUCCUCCCUGCAGUAAAGGAAGAGGAUUAGAGAAAUUAAGGACUGAUACUAAUUAUAUAGUGUGACACAAAUUUGUGAUGAGAAACCUUUAUACCUGUGACACACACAGUGUGAAAUUUUCUACCAUGAGGGGUUUUCAAAUUCACAAAUAAAAAAAACAUUAUAGACGAGAUAGAUUCUGCUGAGAAUUGUGUAGGCCAAAUGAUGAAUUUAUAAAAAUAAAGAAUAUUAGUAAAAAGAUGUGAUUCUAAAUCUUUUAAGAUUAAAAUUUGUAUGUAAAAUACUUUCAUGCAAACCAGUAGUAAUUAACAUUGGUACAGAUUUGGGGCACUUGAGUUGAAUACUUUUUUACUCCACAUUUGGAUAACUCGCUAUUAGUUACAUUGUGGACAUUCUUGAUACAAAACAUCAUAUAAAUUGUGAUUAAUGUAUAAAUGUAUCUUUCCCACAGCGUAUAAAUCAGUUAAAAGCCCUA